CCAAAGUCAAGACCACAUCUCUGCUAAGACCUCAUACGAUUAACUCGUUGUGGCAACCCAUCACGAAAAAACACAACAACUAAAAAAAAAAAACAAUUUCCAAUAGAUCUUGCAUAAUCCUUCUAAAAGAAAUACACAAACAAUACUCGACCAAUCACGAAACCUCAUUGGGAAAAAACUGGUGUGGCCUGCCAUGUACACUAACUUGUGAUUGGACACAUCCACUACAGCAACAAGGUUAUUAUAUUUAAUAACAUGAACGACUCUGAUACAGUUCAGUCUUCUUGAUCGGUUGAGUCAAAGGGAAGAUACAACUGGUAGGAAGUACUUGUCUGUUUGACAAUCUGGAAUAUUUUUUUUAAGUACUUCAAGAUGAAUUAUUGAACUUUUUAACUCCAGGAGGCAUGGAAUUUAUUGUCAAUGAGAGUUAUUACUCGUAUUUCUGUAAUGAAUCCGAACAACAGUUUUGCUUGAUGACAAUAACCCCCUCUGUAACACGUAUGUUCUUGUACAUGUUCGUCGGUAGUACUAUGUCUAUCAGCAUAAUAUGCGGUAACCUCCUGGUAAUCACGUCUAUCAUUUACUUCAAGCAGCUCCACACUCCAACCAACUACCUCAUCCUGUCUCUGGCUGUCGCUGACCUACUCUUGGGUGCUUUGGUUUUGCAGUUCAACAUGGCUCUGUCUGUCAAUUCCUGUAUAUAUUUCGGGGACAUAUUUUACAGGUAUUACGCCGUGUGUCAGCCUCUGACUUAUAAAACUAAGAUAACCGGUCAAGUGGUUGGGAUCAUGAUCCUGGUAAUUUGGGUUUUCGCCGCGGUAUGUGGAUUCGGUGUCAUAUUCAUGGGGCUUAAAGACACUAUCUGUGAAAGUCGGUGCUUUUUAUUUCACAUUCCAAAUUCAAACGUUGCCGGUUCUGUUAUCUCGUUUUACCUGCCGGUGAUCAUCCUGCUCGGCAUUUAUUUAAAAAUAUUAACUGUGGCGCUGAAACAGGCACAAAGCAUCCAAAGCACACAAACUGGACGAAAUGAACGAGUGAGUAAAAUAGAAAGAAAAGCCACAAAAACGCUGGUUAUUGUGAUGGGAGUUUUUCUUCUCUGUUGGACCCCUUUCUUUCUCUCCUUAACUUUUAAUCCUCUCACCGGUUAUUCAAUUCCGCUACCCGUGGUUGAAAUGCUGCUUUGGCUCGGAUGGUCAAAUUCAAUGUUUAAUCCGUUUGUUUAUGGUUUCUUUUAUUCGUGGUUUCGAGCUGCUUUCAGAAUUAUUAUUUCAGGGAAAGUAUUCAGUGGCAAUUACAGAAACUGUAAACUGCAUUGAGGUCACAUGUUUUCUUUGACUCUGACACACGCGAUGAAUGUGUUUAGACAUGACAUUAAAUAUGUUCUUCCUG